AUGGAGUUGACUGGGCACAAGUGUGAUGCACUCCUGAUCUAUCUGGGCAAGAAGAUAGACUCCCAAUGCAUGUACCUGCUCUCUGAAGUUCAUGAGACAAGACUCAGCUUUCAGAUUCCCAAGAUAUUUAAUUUAGUGGCGAUUAUGAUCCUUUCCAGAGGAAAAUGUGGACUUUCUACUUGCACCACUCAUUACCUGAUGGCAAUGGCAGUGGCAGAUCUACUGGUCAUUAUUGUUGAUGUAAUACUCUGGCGGAUCAGUUUUUACUAUUUCCCAGAUUCAUUUCUGAACAUCACCCCUGUGUGCAGUACAAUCGACGUCCUGAGUGGUGCCUCUACAGACUGUUCUGUUUGGUUCACUGUUGUUUUCUCCCUUGAUCGAUUUGUUGCAAUUUGUUGCCAGAAACUGAGAAGGAAAUUUUGCACUGAGAAAGUGGCAACUGGUGUUCUCGCAACAACCUGUAUUCUACUCUGUUCAAAAAACAUUCCUUUCUAUCUUACUUUUGAACCCAAAGAGAUAAUCAACAAUAUACCAUGGUUUUGUAAUGUAAAACCAAGCUUUUAUAGUGAUCCAGAAUGGGUGGUUUUUGACUGGAUUGAUAUGAUUCUAACACCGUGGCUUCCCUUUGCUUUGAUUUUGUUACUCAAUGCUCUAACAGUCCGGCAUAUUUUAGUAACAAGCCAAAUCCGGAAGAGAUUAAAAGAUCAGAACAAGGAAGAGAUUUGCAGUGACCCAGAAAUGAAGAGCCGUAGGAAGUCUAGUAUUCUACUCUUCACCAUAUCCAGCAGUUUCAUUCUGCUAUGGUUGACACAUGUUGUGGAAUUCCUAUAUUAUAAUAUUGCAGGAAUGGAGCCCACCGAUUACAACUAUUCUUUAUACAUAUUUGCUGAAGUUGGAUUUAUGCUUAGAAGUUUAAAUUGCUGCACAAACACAUUUAUUUAUGGGGUGACUCAGUCCAAGUUCAGAGAACAGCUCAAGAAUGCAGUGAACUGUCCUAUUAGUACAAUUAUUCAAUCUAUCAAUAAUGAAAAAAAAAAAUUCUAA